CGAAAUCUAAAUACAUCCUUUUUUGAUCCUGCGGGAGGAGGGGAUCCAAUUUUACAUCUACAUUUAUUUUGCUUCUUUGAACAUCCGGAGGUUUACAUAUUAAUCUUACCAAGAUUUGGUAUAAUUUCCCACAUUAUUAGCCAAGAAAGAGGAAAAAAGGAAGCCUUUGGUACCUUAGGAAUAAUUUACACAAUAUUAGCUAUUGGAUUAUUAGGAUUUGUUAAUGAAAUCAAAACCUUCCCUCUGCACAACAUGCUUAUUCAGAACUUCCUAUUUUAUCUAAUUACUAAUAUGGCAGAACAGUGCGAUGAAUUUAAGCUACAU